AUGAAACGCAAAGCCCCCGACGAUGGGGAGUCCCCAUUGAAAAAGCGUAUUGUAUCCGCCGACGACGGCAGCCUUCAGUCUGCCUUUCGAUCAGAUCUCUUCGAGGUUGACACUCGAGAAGCUUUCUGCAAAUCUUACCAAUCAUCGAAGCCUUAUCCACAUGCCGUUGUACCCUCCUUGAUCCAAGAAUCUCUUCUGCGGUCUGUGCGGCAGGAAAUCACCACCCAUAUCCAUUUCACGCAGAAAGAGACGGACAUCUAUCGCAUUUACCAAUCCGGCGACCUCGCAAAUCUCUCCAAUCUCGACGCCGGGUCCCUCAAACACUUGCCCAGCCUAGUCCACCUGAGAGAUGCUCUUUACAGCUCUGAUUUCCGGGAAUGGGUGUCCGCUGUUACCGGCGCAGGCAAGCUGUCCGGUAGAAAGACCGACAUGGCGGUCAAUGUCUACACACCAGGGAGUUAUCUAUUGUGUCAUGAUGAUGUGAUUGGGAGCCGAAGAGUCAGCUAUAUCUUGUACCUGACAGAUCCAGACCAUCCCUGGCAACCUGAAUGGGGAGGCGGACUGAGGCUGUAUCCCACCGAGACAAGAAGAAAUAAAGCUGGAGAGGAAAUCAAGGUCCCUCUCGCCGAACAUAGUUUGAAUAUUCCUCCUUCCUUUGGUCAAUUAAGCUUCUUCGCCGUUCGUCCCGGUGAGAGUUAUCACGACGUGGAAGAAGUCUACCACGGACAAAGCCAGGAAGAGGACGGAGGAAGAGUCCGCAUGGCAAUCAGCGGCUGGUAUCACAUUCCGCAGGAGGGUGAGGACGGGUUCGAGCAGGGCAUGGAACAAGAACAGGCUCAAAAAUCUAGCCUUGCGCAACUCAAGAGCGCCUCGAAUGAGUUUGACGAGCCUCAAUUGGUGUUCCGUCAUUUUGACGAGCCCCGGAGUGUCAUGGAUAGUCGCGCGAUUGCAAAAGAGAUUGACCCAGGCGACGACCUUGACACCGACGACAGCAUACUCACUGAGCAAGAUUUGACCUUUUUGCUUCAUUACAUGACCCCAAGCUACCUAACUCCGGACAUGAUCGAAGACUUCUCGUCCUCAUUCGCGGACAUGUCGGUGCUGCAAUUAGAGGACUUUUUCAACCCAACAUUCGCAGCCGAGUUAAAGGAUUACAUCUACAAGGCUGAAACUGAAGAGAAGCAUGCGGUUUCGAUGGCAUCGAGAUCCUACCAUCCUUCCGCUUGGAGAGUUGCUCGUCCACCUCACAAGCAACGCUAUGCUUACCUUCAAACCUCCGAGGCCUUGCAUCGCGACAAAUGUCCAAUCUCCCGAAUCCUGGCUGAUCUGAUACACUCGCAUGCCUUCAAAAAGUGGCUGGCACUUGUGACAGGGCUGAAGACAAAGAGUCUCAUUCGCCAGAGUGCGAUAGCCCGCAGAUUUCGACGAGGAAAGGACUAUGCACUAGCAAAUCCCUACCAAGGCGAGGCACCGAGACUAGAGUUCACCAUUUCAAUCACUCCAAGCGAAGGAUGGGAAAGAGACGGAGAUGCGGAUGAACCAGAGGAUGGUAAGCUGUCGACACGUUUGGGAAAGCAAGCCAACGGCAGUCGGUCUUUCCGGAAUGGCGCCGAGGACGAGGGAAAGAAGAACGGCAAGGCUACCGCAGUCGAAAAACUCCAAGUCACCACGCUACCUGAGAUCGAGUUCGGUGGGGAAGAGGUUUAUAUGGCGGGCGACGAAGAGGAAGAUGGCCUGCCCAGUGAGAGCAACUCGAACUUCCUGCCAAAUGUCGGCAAAAAGCCGGCCCACGAUCCUGCAGUCUACAGAUCCGCAGAUGACGAGGAUGAUGGUAUCCUGUUCGCCAACCCCCCAGGCUGGAAUAAAUUCAGUAUUGUGCUCAGGGACAAAGGCACCCUAAGGUUUGUCAAAUACGUGAGCCAGGCAGCACAAGGUGACCGCUGGGAUUUGAAAGGCGAGGUGGAGGUUGAUGAAGCUGGCUGGGAGGGAGGAGAAGGUGGCGAGGCAGAAGAGCGGGGAGGAUGGGAUGAUGAGGAAGGCGACGGAGAUGAAGAGGACACGGACGAAGAUCUAGAAAGGCAUGAUGAAGUUGAGGUCUGA